AUGGACAUCCUGCAUGUCUUUUGUGUCUUUCUGCAGGGUGACAGUAAGCGCAUGGAGGCCGUCAGCUCGUAUCUGUCCCUGCCGUCCGAGCGCACUCACUCUGACAGCCACAAGGGGUCAACGCUGAUGCGCAGCUCCAGCAGUGUGUGCGGCUUGUCCGUCAGCUCCAGAGACAUCUUCACCAUCUCAACGCUCGUCUGCUCCACCAAACUCACGCAGAACGUGGGUUUGUUGGGUCUGCUGAAGUGGAGAACUCGUCCUGAAAUGCUGAAACAAAACCUACAGGAGCUCAAACUCAUUGACGGGGAGGAGGUUGUGAAGUUCCUGCAGGACACCUUGGACGCCCUGUUCAACAUCAUGAUGGAACAUUCUCAGACUGAUGAUUAUGAUAUUUUGGUUUUUGACGCUUUGAUCUAUAUUAUCGGUCUAAUCGCCGACAGAAAGUUUCAACAUUUCAACACUGUGUUGGAGGCCUAUAUCAAACAACACUUCAGCGCCACGCUGGCUUACAAAAAGCUGAUGUCUGUGCUGAAGACGUAUCUGGAUGUGUCCAGUCGAGGGGAGGCCUGUGAACCCAUCCUGAGGACGCUCAAAGCCCUUGAGUACAUCUUCAAAUUCAUCGUCCGCUCCCGGAUGCUCUACUCUCAAUUAAACCGCAGAUGUUAUAUUCCCAGAGAGAAGAGACGUUUCACCAUGUGGGUGGCCGCUCUGAAGUACUUGCCCACAGUCCUGCAAGAUGUGGAGACCGUGUUCGAUGCUAAACUCCUCAGUAAGCUGUUGUAUGAUUUCUUCAUCUGCAUUCCUCCGGAUAAACUAAAGAAACAGAAAGUGGCGUCCAUGACUGAGAUAGUGGGCAGCAAACUCUUCCACAGACAAGACUGCCGUGACAUCCUGUUACCCAUGAUGCUUCGGGAGCUGAGCGGAGCGUUGGCCGUGGUGGGGGAGGGGCUUCAGGAUGAGAAGCGCAACAGCGUCGAACUCCUCAACAACAUCCUGGAGGUGCUGAGCCGCAACGACGUGGGAGACACAUUUCAGCACAUUCAGGACAUUGUGUCGUCUCUGCUGAGGACGAUAAACUGCACAGUCAUCACGAUGGGCCGAGAACACACUCUCAUCGUGAGUUUAAACCAGUAGAUCCUCUCCAUUCA